AUGGAGAAGUCGUCUAAGAAAAUGGAGAAGAAAUCAGAAGAAAUGGGCCGACACAAGACCAACAAGAAGUCUUGCUCUCAAUCGGACAACGAAGGAACCGCCAUGAGUCAAUCAGGUUACGCUGAUUUGUUUGCCAACAACGACUCUGGCGAAUCGUUUGGUUUUGUCGGCACACGCCGUGGCCUCACCUCGACCGCUAACAAAAAUGGCCCUCGCAAUCGCUUCAGCAGGGAUAGUUCCUACGAUUACUAA